UUGAAUAAACUUUAUUGACAAUUGUCAGGGAGAAGUUAUCCAACAUGGGAGGUCGGAUCGCCCGGUUGUUCCGAAACUUUAACCUGGAAAACCGAGUCUUUAGAGAACUUUCUAAGGAGAAGCCCACGGCGGCGCCCCGACACGCGGUUCCAGAGCCGCCUCUUCCCGGUUCGGACGUCUCUGAGUCGGUUCGACAGAAGAACGAGCCGCUCCACGAACUCCUCCGGUCCGUGUACGUGGAGUCCACAGACCCGGCUGCCACAGCAGAGGCGUUGAAGGAAGCUCCUGAGGCUCUGCAAUCCGAGAGGAGGCCCACGCGAGUCCACAUCCCAGGAUACGCGUACGGCCUCACCAACGUCCCCAAAGGCAAGCUGACCAUCGCAGAAGCCGUCAAGGCCCUCGGCAGUCACCAGCACCAGCCUCAGACGUGGACGCCUGAAAAGAUAGCGCAGGAGUAUUUUCUGGACUUUAAGGACACUAAAGCUGCUCUGGAGUUUUUUGUCCCCUUCAAGGUCGAGAUCAUACCGCCCAAAACCCGAACUGCCAAUCAGAUCAAGGCGUCUUAGGAGGCAGUGGAGGAGGAACUUUGACCUCAUUUAUUUAUGUCACUCAGUGUUUGGUGUAAAAAGUGAUUUUCUGGAAUACUUGAACGAUGUCUAGAGAGUUCAGCCAUUAAGCUCAGAUCUCUGCUCUUCCUCUGUAAUUCUACUGGUUCCUCAUAUUCAGAAAUAAACCAGUUUAAACUCAGAUCGGCAUGAAAAAAGCCUUCAGAUACAUCCAGAUUAGGCCUCAUUGAUGCAGCUCCACGGGAAUUUUCUGCUGUUUUAUUUUUCUUCUUCAGGCCUUUUCAUGUCAUCGUGUCUUGUCCGUUGAUGAGUAUUUCCGUCCACCUGACUGUUCAGAGAAACUUCUGCUCCUGUCCGGUCUCCACUGAGUCCGGUUUCAGGCUGGACGGGUCAUUUUGGACCCAGUCUCAGUGUGAAAGUGAGCGGACGACUCUGUAUGUGUAGCUUUGGAGUGUAACUUCAGGACUCUUUUCUGCAGCAGUUGAUCUUUCUCAAACCGCUGCUGCUGCUUUAGUUGUAUUAUGUCGAAAGAACGUUGUUGAAGCAAUUCCACUCUUGUCCUGAAGGUGAGAUCUGUAGUCCCACAGAGGUGAUUGACUUUCAAAUGAACCAUUGCCCAUCUUCUACAAGCUCGCUGGAGCAGAGGUUCUGCUGAAAAACAGCUGCAGAAACUCCAUAAACUUCACGCUGGUACAUUUUUCCUGAAGUGGCUGAUAAAUUUGCUCGACAAAAAUCGGGGAUCCUGGGUCUCAUCCAUGUGCAGCUUUGGUGCAUCAGGAUGUUCACGCAGCAGGAAGAUAUGUUCAGACGUGAAGGAGAAGGCAACUACAAAUUGAAACACUGGGAGUGAAUUUACAGAUGUGGAGGUGUCCAUCGCAUUCAUGCAAUUUUUCAAAAUAAAAGAAGUAUCCAUGUGGG